AAUACAACUCUCCCAAUUUAAAUUGAUCACCCCUAUUUUUUGAUUUAUGAACAGGAAAUGAGCUUUGACUGUUAGUCAUCUGGAUGAAGAGCCCUGGAUUCAGCUUGUCAGAGUCCUGUAACCUGCAAAGACCCUCUGGUUGCACUAGGAUCAUUCGACUGAAGUAAAAAGAUGGCCUAUCAGAAGGUCAGUGCAGAUCGAAGAGCUCCAGGACAUUCACAGUACCUAGACAAUGAUGACCUCCAAGCCACUGCCCUUGACUUAGAGUGGGACAUGGAAAAGGAACUGGAGGAGCCUGGUUUUGACCAGUUCCAACUAGGUAGUGCUGAGAAUCAGAACCUGGAGAAUUCAGAGACUGCAGACCUCAAUCUUGAUCCCAUUCAACCAGCAACUUCACCCAAAGGAAGGUUUCAGCGACUUCAAGAAGAGUCUGACUAUGUGACCCAUUAUACAAGAUCUGCACCAAAGAGCAACACCUGCAACUUUUGCCGCCUUUUAAAAAUAUUUUGCACAGCAAUCAUUUUAUUUAUUUCUGGAAUUUUGAUAGGCUAUUACGCACAUAAAAAUUGCUCUUCAAAUGCUACGUCUUCAGGAACACUUGAUCUUCAGUUAUACCAAGAGAUUCUCAAGACAAUCCAAGCAGAAGAUAUUAGGAAGUCUUUCAGAAAUUUGGUACAGCUGUACAAAAGCGAAACUGACAUAGAAAUUUCAAAGAAGAUUAAGAGUCAAUGGACUUCUUUGGGCCUAGAAGACGUACAGUUUGUAAAUUACUCUGUGCUGCUGAACCUGCCAGGCCCUUCUCCCAGCUCAGUGUCUCUGAGCAGCAGUGGCCAGUGCUUUCAUCCUAAUGGCCAGCCUUGCAGCAAAGAAGCCAGACAGCACAGCAGCCAAGAUCUGCUCUACUCAUAUGCAGCCUAUUCUGCCAGUGGAACUCUCAAGGCUGAAGUCAUUGAUGUGAGUUAUGGAAAUGCAGAUGAUUUAAAUAAGAUUAAAAAAAUGAAAAAUGUCACAAAUCAGAUUGCACUCCUGAAAUUAGGAAAACUGCCACUACUUUAUAAGCUUUCCUUAUUGGAAAAGGCUGGAUUUGGAGGUGUUCUUCUGUAUAUUGAUCCUUGUGAUUUACCGAAGACUGCAAAUCUUAGUUAUGAUACCUUCAUGGUGUCACUGAAUCCAGGAGGAGACCCUUCUACACCUGGUUACCCAAGUAUUGAUGGAAGCUUUAGACAAAACCGAUCAAACCUCACCUCUCUACUAGUGCAACCCAUCUCAGCAUCUCUCGUUGCAAAACUUAUCUCUUCGCCGAAAGAUAGAAUCACACACAGUGCCUGUAGCCCUCUAGAACUUCCAAAUAAUGAAGAAAGAAUUGUCAGCAUGCAAAUUCAGACAGUCACAAAAUUUGAAACAGUUACUAAUGUUGUUGGAUAUUUAAAGGGCUCGACAUCUCCAGACCGUUAUAUCAUAGUUGGCAGCCAUCAUCAUACCGCAUACAGUUAUAAUGGACAAGAAUGGGCCAGCAGCACUGCCAUCAUCACAGCUUUUAUCCGGGCCUUGAUGUUAAGAGUCAAGAGAGGGUGGAGACCAGACCGCACUAUUGUUUUCUGUUCAUGGGGUGGAACAGCUUUCGGAAAUAUUGGCUCGUAUGAAUGGGGAGAGGAUUUCAAGAAGGUUCUGCAGAAAAAUGUUGUGGCUUAUGUUAGUCUCCACAGUCCUGUAAGCGGUAACUCAAGUCUCUACUCUGUAGCUUCACCAUCUCUUCAGCAACUGGUGGCUGAGAAAAAUAAUUUCAACUGUUCCAGAAGAGGUCAGUGCCCAGAAACAAAUAUCAGUUCUGUCCAGAUGCAAGAUGAUGCCAAUUACUUCAUCAACCAUCUUGGAGUUCCCACCGUGAGGUUUACUUAUGAGGACAUCAAAGCAUUAGAGGGUCCAAGUUUUCUCGCUGAAGGCUUUUUCCCUAAACGUGCAACAAAAAUUGAAGAAAUGGAUCCUUUUUUCAAACUUCACGAGACCAUUACCAAGCUCUCAGGAGAAGUGAUUUUACAAAUUGCCAACGAACCAGUUCUGCCCUUUAAUGCUAUCGAUAUAGCUUUAGAAGUUCAAAACAGCCUUAAAGGUGAUCAACCCAACAUGCCUCAACUGCUAUCCCUGGCCUCAAGCCUGCGGGAGAGCGCUGAACUCUUUCAAUCAGAUGAGAUGCGUCCUGCUAAUGACCCCAAGGAAAGAGCUCCCAUCCGUGUGCGGAUGCUGAAUGAGGUUCUCCAAGAUAUGGAGAAGAGCUUCCUGGUGCAGCACGCACCCCCGGGGUUUUACAGGUAG